UGCAUAAAUCCAAUUUUUGACUUACGUCUAACUUGGUCAGUUUUUAAAAUAGAAAAAAACUUUUUAUACAAUAAAUGUUUAAAAAAAAAUAUUCUACCCGAAUCUGCAGAAAAAAACUGGGAAUGCCAUUAAAAAAAAAGUAAGUUGUAUUACGCAUGCGCGUACCGAGAGAGCUAAAAAUUUGAAACUGAUCUGAAAAUAUGUAUUUAAGUGCUCCCUAUCACCUGCCGAAAACCCCAAUUCAACACAAAGUCACCCAUCUGAGAUAUUCAGUGGUACCUCUUAGCGUGAUCACACUUAAAUGAACUUAAAUAUACUUAAAUAUACUUUAAUAAGUUUAAUACUUUAAUAACUUAAAUAUACUUAAAUGAAGACAUAAUAAUACUAUAUACGAAUAAAUCUCUCAAGUCACAAUGAAGUUUCCUCAAAGUUAUAAGUUAUGACGAUAACAAUAUGUACCAGGUCCUAUUCCUUCUUUAUCCUGUUGGAUUUUAGACAAUGGCGUGAUGACGAUAUGUAGGUACUGAAAUCAGAAGUUUCUAACUGUGAGCUUGUAUCGACAACUGACAUAUUAUUUCCGACCGAAACCGCCGAUCAGAAUAAUAAAUGUUAUAUAAUAACACAACACGAGUCUUAUACGGAAGUGGUCGAAGGUCAUUCGUACAGCUGUUGUAAAUAAGGCUGACCAAGCUUGUUAAUUGGUAGGUAUAUAAUAUACUACUGUUGUAGUUAUCUAUAGGUAUAAUCAAGUCUGAUGUACUUAUUAUUAUCUUCAAAUACUACUGUUGCUUACAACAAACCGGACGAGCACAGCGAUUCGUAUAUUAUGAUACGUCGUACUAGCACUGCCAGUGAUUCCACUCCGACCCAAACGCAAAAUAUUAUUAUUUUGUAUCACCGUCAGUCGUCACGACCGUACCUAACGCGCACGUCAUACUGUUACUAUUUUUCUUAUUAUGUUCGUCCGACCGGACCCGCGGUCUCGCGCUGCAGUUGGACAUCGACGUUACGUCGAGCGGACGAAGAUUUCACGGAGACACUCGUGGCUGCGACAAAAUCUGAUGAAAACCCAAAUCAAAUGACGCAACGAUACAAAAUAAUAUUAUAUCAUAAUUAAAAUAUAAUAAAAUUAUAAUACAUUAUAUUUCAUCAUGUUCGCGGCCGUCCCGCGGCUACUGCCGCUGUUGCUGCUCCAGACGUUUCUGUCGCCGCCCGCUACGCUCGCUGCGAACAUAUUGGCGUUCAUGCCCAUGCCGCUGAAAAGCCACUUCGGUGGGUUCCAGCCGAUGUUCGAGGAGUUGGCCCGCCGGGGCCACAACGUCACCGUGGUCAGCUCGUUCCCGUUGGCGAACCGAAGCGUCCCGAACUACACCGACGUGGAUGUGACGCCGGUACAAGGUCUUCCCGAUAUCGACGUGAUGCAGUUGAUCAACAUCAAUUUCUUAAUGACAGUGACUAACAGAUGGUUUUUCGCCAAUCUCUUGUCGGCUCAAAUGGAGCACGCAAAUUUAAUAGACUUCUUGCGGUCGGAAGACAACUCGUUCGAUUUGGUCAUUGUCGAAUCGUUCCUCCAAGAAUACACCGUGGCCAUCGGUCACAAGUACAACGCUCCCGUCGUCAACUUGUCGCCGGGAAUGGUCUGGGUCAGCAUCAGUAGAUGGCUGCAUUUACCUUCGACAUUUUCGUAUGUGCCGGAUUGCUGUAUAGGCAUGACGGACGACAUGAGUUUCACGGACCGUUUAAAGAACACCAUCGUAGGAUUUGUACAAAUGUUCGUGGAGGACUACCUGUAUAUACCGAUGAUGAAGGCGAAAAUGAGCAAGCACUUCACAUACGUUGGUUCGGAGUCGAGACCGACGCUCGAGCAAAUGCUGAACAACGUGUCACUGACGCUAAUGAACGCUUACCACGCGGUUGGAGUGUGUCGACCAUAUUUACAGGGCGUCGUCGAAGUAGGAGGAAUGCAUCUCAAAGAACCCAAACCGUUACCCAAAGAUUUACAAGAUUACAUUGAUUCAGCUUCUAACGGUGUCAUAUAUUUUUCUUUUGGUUCGAUCGUCAAUUUAUCGAAUUUACCAAAAGAAAAAUUGAGUAGUUUUCUCAAUGCCAUCAGUCGCUUAAAGCAAAAAGUAAUUAUAAAAUGGGUACCAGAUAAAAGUAUAAAAUUGCCACAAAAUGUAAAGGUCGGUUCGUGGUUGCCUCAGAAUGAUAUUUUAGCUCAUCCAAACGUGAAACUUUUUAUUACUCAUGGGGGUUUGCACAGUAUCGAAGAAGCUGUGUACAAUGAAAAACCGGUGAUUGGCAUACCAUUUUUUGCUGAUCAAAUUUCGAACAUGAGACGGGUUGAGAAAAUUGGCUAUGGAAAGUUGAUAACUUUUGAUCAACUAACCGAAGAAUCAUUUGGAAACGCUGUCGAAGAAGUGAUAUCAAAUCCGGCGUUUAAGGAUAAGGCAAUGAUUCAGAGUCAGGUAUUCAGAGAUCAACCGAUGAAACCUUUAGAUCGAGCAAUAUACUGGAUAGAGUACGUUAUUCGGAACGGUGGAGCUCAAUACCUAAAAGCUGGAUCUAUAGGACUAAACACUGCGCAGUACUUUUUGUUUGAUGUCACAUUAUUUUUACUUUUAUCGAUAGCAAUUUUUGCUUGGUUGGGUUACUGCGGAAUAGUUAAAGUUUCAUCAAAAUUCAAAGCUGACUAAAUCUAAAAAAUUAAUUACAUUUUGUGGAGUAAAAUAAUUCUUACACGUCGACUUUGUUCAUAAUUCUGAUGCUUUCAUUUUAAAGAUACGAUAGUUUAAUACAUUACAGUGUUUUCUAGCUUUAUUAUAAAUUAUAACUAAUAAGGGUGAAUACGAUGAUGGCGUUCUAUAAGUGAACGUUUAUAUUCAUAAAAAAGUUUAUGUAACUAUUUAUGUAACUUUUUUUUAUACAGAUUUUAUUUAGACUUAUAUUUUACAUUAAACACAUUUGUUACCCUUUUUAAUAACUUAUAGUAGUUAUUAAAAAAAUAAUAAUAAUUGGGGGACUGGUGUGGCUCCGUGAUUGGUCUCAGUCACUAAUGUGAAGUCAAGCAUCGGCCGGCGUCCAUAGUUCCCGGAUGGGUGACCACCCCAGUUUUAGUGACGAAUCCUCGUCCCUGCACAUACACUUGUUCCUCAACCAACCGUAACCCCCCUACAAAAAUUCCAAUAGACAUAGUUUCCGAUGCUUAAGAUCAAUAAAAAAUAGUAAUAAUAGUAAUUUACAUGAAAUAUUGUUCAGAAAUUAAAUGUAGGUACCUACUUAUAAAUUAUAAUUGAUAUGUGAAUGCAAUUAUAAAUAUAUAUUUUGUUUUUUUAA